GCUUCAUUAUUCCAUCAGUUCUCCCUCAGACUUUCAGCUACUGUCGCUAUCUCCAAUAACAUGCUGGAUCAGUUCCGUGAUAUAAGUUGUUCUUUGGAAGAAUCUUCAAACAUCAAUACCUUGUGGGCAUCACUUAUAGUUGAAGAAUGCUAUCGACUUGGUUUGACGUAUUUUUGUAUAGCUCCAGGGUCUCGCUCCUCUCCAUUAGCCAUUGCUGCUUCUUGUCAUCCUAUGACAAGUUGUAUCGCAUGCUUUGAUGAGCGGUCGCUUGCAUUCCAUGCUAUUGGUUAUGCUAGAGGUUCCCGUAAACCAGCUGUGGUUAUAACCUCAUCAGGCACUGCAGUUUCAAAUCUUCUACCUGCUGUAGUGGAAGCUUAUCAAGAUUUUUUGCCUCUUCUAUUACUCACAGCAGAUCGCCCCCCUGAGCUACUGGAUGCUGGAGCCAACCAAGCAAUCAAUCAAGUUAACCAUUUUGGUUCAUUUGUGAGGCACUUCUUCAAUCUUCCUGCACCCAUGGACAAUAUCUCUGCCAGGAUGGUUCUUACAACCUUUGACUCUGCUGUACAUCAUGCAACUUCUUCACCCUGUGGUCCUGUUCAUAUCAACUGUCCUUUUAGGGAACCACUAGAAAGUACACCAAAAAGUUGGAGUCAGAGUUGUUUGAAAGGAUUAGAAUAUUGGGUAUCAAGUGGUGAACCAUUUACAAACUAUAUUAAAGCUCAUAACUCUUUUGCACAUAACAAUCAUCAUGGUGAUGUAGCAGAUGUCUUGGGUAUAAUUCAGGGGGCAAAAUGUGGUCUAUUACUAAUUGGUGCAAUUUUUACGGAGGAUGACAUAUGGGCAGCUCUAUUCUUGGCUAAACACCUUCGCUGGCCGGUUGUAGCUGAUAUUUUGUCAGGUUUACGGUUGAGAAAGUAUACGAGUUCUCUUUCCAAACUUAAUGAAGCUAUUCUUUUUGUUGACCAUCUGGAUCAUUCUCUACUUUGUGCUGAAGUCAGACAGUGGAUAAAGCCAGAUGUUAUCGUUCAGAUUGGAAGCCGGAUAACAAGCAAACGCGUUUCACAGAUGCUAGAAGAUUGCUUUCCAUGCUCAUAUAUAUUGGUUGAUAACCAUCCUAGUCGUCAUGAUCCCUCACAUAUAAUAACACAUAGGAUUCAAAGUCCUAUUACUGAGUUUACUGAUUGUGUGCUGAGAUUUUGCACAACCCACAUCAACCCCAAAUGGACCAGUUUCCUGUGUUCAAUAAACAUGAUGGUUGAGUGGGAGAUGUCAUUUCUAAUACAUUCAGAGAACUCCUUGAGUGAGCCAUAUGUUGCAUACAUAACUUCAGAUGCUCUUGACUAUGGAUCUACGAUGUUCAUAGGAAAUAGCAUGCCAAUACGAGAUGCAGACAUGUAUGGGAGUAGCCUAGGAGCACGUGCAGGUGGCGAUACCUCAUUAACUUCAGGAUUUCCAUUCCGCUGGAUACAAGUGGCUGGGAACCGAGGAGCCAGUGGUAUUGAUGGUUUACUCAGCACUGCCAUUGGUUUUGCUGUGGGCCACAAAAAAAGAGUGGUUUGUGUGAUUGGAGAUGUCUCCCUAUUGCAUGAUACCAAUGGAUUGGCACUUCUGAAACAGAGGAUCUUACGGAAAAAGAUGACCAUACUUGUGAACAACAACCAUGGUGGUGCAAUUUUCAGUCUUCUACCCAUUGCAAAUAGAGCUGAAGAAGAAAUAUUGAAUCAAUAUUUCUACACAUCUCACAAUGUCGGAAUUCAGAACCUAUGUGUUGCACAUGGUGUGAAGCAUGUACAAGUCCACACAAAAGUUGAGCUGCAAAAUGCUCUAAUAAGAUCUGAACAGGAAGAAGAAGACUGUGUGAUAGAAGUUGAAAGUUCCAUUGAUGCCAAUGCAAACUUCCACAGUAAUUUGAAACAAUUUGCAUGUCAAGCAGCAGGUCAUGCUUUAUCCACCAUUUCACAGCACUCGGUUCUCAAUUCUUCCUCAGAUGGUUCUAUGCCAAUUAAAGUUCGUAAAUUGGAGUAUUUUCAGUACAGAAUUCAGCUCUGCGCUCCACCAACUACAACCUCUGUUAGUAAUGACCAUUCCACACAUUGCAGAGAAGGCUUUGUGCUAACCUUGUAUCUUGAAGAUGGAAGCACUGGAAUUGGGGAGGUAGCACCUAUUGGGAUUCACAAGGAAAAUUUGCUAGAUGCAGAGGAGCAACUUCAAUUUCUUACUCAUGUCAUGGGAGGAGCUGUCUUGAAUUCAUCCCUUCCUCUUCUAAGAGGAUCGUUCUCUUCUUGGAUAUGGACCAACUUAGGAAUACCACCAGGUUCACUUCUUCCCAGUGUUCGAUGUGGUUUGGAGAUGGCAAUUCUCAAUGCUAUAGCUGCAGCAGAAGGUUCCACUAUGUUAAACAUGCUUCAUCCACUUGCUGCUAAAGAAGAAUAUGCUGGAAGGUCAUCACAUAUUAAGAUAUGUGCCCUUAUUGACUCUGAUGGAACUCCUGCAGAAGUUGCUUAUCUUGCAGAUACACUCGUUGAGGAGGGUUUUACUGCAAUCAAACUAAAAGUGGCACGUAGAGCCAAUCCUGUUGAAGAUGCUGCAGUUGUUCAAGAAAUAAGGAAGAAGGUUGGUUUCCAUAUUCAACUUCGUGUUGAUGCAAACCGAAAAUGGUCCUUUGAUGAAGCUCUUCGGUUUGGCUCCCAUGUGAAAGACUGUGCACUGCAGUAUAUUGAGGAACCUGUAAAUGAUGAAGAUGAUAUAAUUAAGUUUUGUGAAGAAAGUGGCUUACCUGUGGCCCUGGAUGAAACCAUUGACAAUCUCCAAGAAAAUCCUCUUGAAAUACUUGCUAGAUUCUCACACAAUGGAGUUGUUGCUGUUGUUAUCAAACCAAGCUUUGUUGGCGGAUUCGAAAAGGCUGCAUUUAUUGCAAGAUGGGCACAGCAGCAGGGGAAAAUGGCUGUUGUCAGUGCUGCGUUUGAAACUGGAUUAGCUUUGUCCGCUUACAUUCAAUUUUCUUGCUAUCUUGAAAUGCAAAAUGCAGAUAUUUGCAAAACAAUGAAUAAGGAACCUGCAGCAGCCGUGGCCCAUGGUCUUGGAACAUACCGAUGGCUCAAAGAAGAUAUAAUCACCGAGUCAUUGCGUAUAAGUCGUAAUGCAUGCAACGGUUUUGUGGAAGCAUCUGUUUUUUAUGCUGGUCAGACAUUGCACAAUUGCAAUAUUAAUCACAACUCAGUAAUCCGAAGUUUCAAAGCAGAGGAAGUUCGGAAUUAUCAGUUGAGGGUGGAUGUGGAGGGUGUAGCAUUUUCAAUCAAUGUGCAAGAGCUCGGAGAGGAAAGAAAUAAUAAUGUUGUUGUAUUUCUUCAUGGCUUCCUUGGGACUAGUGAAGACUGGAUUCCCAUCAUGAAGGCCAUGUCAGCAUCUUCAAGAUGUAUUGCUUUUGACCUUCCUGGUCAUGGGGGUUCAAAAAUGCAUGCUGGCAAUGAUGUGGCACAUCGAGUUGAUCUGUCAGUAAAGGUAGUUGCAGAGAUGCUACACAAGCUGAUUCUUCUUCUAACCACUAGAAAAGUCACAGUUGUUGGGUACUCCAUGGGAGCAAGGAUCACUUUGUUCAUGGCGUUGAGAUGUAGUAUGAUGGUAAAAGGAGUUGUCAUAAUAUCUGGAAGCCCUGGAUUAGAUGAUGAGGUAAAGAGAAAGGUUCGCAGUGUUAAAGACGAUUUCUUAGCAUGUGCGCUUUUUUCCUAUGGCCUGGAUUUAUUCAUCAAGACAUGGUAUUCUGGAGAGCUAUGGAGAAGCUUAAGAAGCCAUCCACAGUUUGACCGCAUAGUUGCUAGCCGCUUGAAACAUAAUGAUGUGCAGGCUCUUGCAAAAUCUCUGUCUGACCUUAGUAUUGGAAGACAACCGUCCUUGUGGGAAGAGCUGAAGCACAACAAAUCUCCUCUUCUGCUUAUAGUUGGUGAGAAAGACAAGAAAUUUAAGACGAUUGGCGAGAGUAUGUGGUCAAAACUUGGCACGAGAGAAGGUGGUUCAGCCAAACAUCCGUAUACAAUGGUCGAGAUUCCUAAUUGUGGGCAUGCUGUUCAUAUAGAGAAUCCACUUCCUGUAAUCCACUCGAUUAGACAAUUUCUUACAAGAGUAAACGUGCUCGAUCCAUGAACAAGACAUGGUGCAGCAAAUACACAAACGUUGGUACGUUGAUCAUAAAUUUGUGGUUCAGUUGAUGUUGUAGGCUUGAGAAUAAAAGGCAUCAACAAUGCAAUUCUCCAAAGGAGCUAGGGACAGUUUGAUUGAUGCUAGAUUCAAUUCUCCUUGCCUUUACGGUUUUGGUUAUUAGAGAGCACCAUGGAAUUGGUGCUGA